AUGUCAGCAGGCGGACCAAACGACUACACCCUCUGGAUCGGCAUAGCCAACCACAACCCCGACCUCGAACUCCAGCGCUACAUCGUCAUCCUUCACAAGAACAACGAGCAAGUCUGCCAAUGUUUCAGCACAUCCUACGUGUACAAAGGCCGUGCGAAAAUCGGGAUGUGGAAGCACGCAAUCAGAUCGUUUGACCCCCGCGCAGCAGACCACGCCCACUGCGACAAGCUGUACAACAAGCAGUUUGUCUGCCACGUCCCUGCGCAGGAAUUCGAACGCCUUACAUAUUACUUCGAUAUUAUGCCGCCGCGCGAGAGCCAGUUCUUUGUCUUCCGCUGGCUUUAUCUGUGUGUUGAUCACGGGUUGAUUCGUGGGGACGAUGUUGAUCGGGUGAAGCCUGUUGGGCAGUUUGGGGAGGGGAGUACGAGGUGGAUUGAUGCUACUAAGUAG